AUGGUGAAGUUAAGCAAAAAGGCCCAGCAGAGAGUGCAGAAGCUCUUCAAGGGAAGUCAGUUUGCCAUCUGCUGGGACUUCAUUUCUCUCAUGAUUUAUUUGGAAUUUAAGAGGAGUGCAGAUUCUGAAACGCCCGGAUCAACCAUUUUGAGCCUCCUUUGGAGAUAG